GGUUUGCCUGUAUACUGGCAUGCUGCAGCACCUGCAGCCCUGACCGGCGACGAUUGGGCGGCCGUCGCUGCCUCCUUACUCCAGGUGUCCAGCUCUUCUUCGUGCCAUUUGCCGGCCGUGAGCACCACCAGACGGGAUGAGCAACCCGGGGGCACCGGACACCGUCACUGAGUCGGCGGAGCUGGUCCUGCCGUUGUUGCCGCCGCAGGACCUCGCGGCCGCGGCAUCGGCCUGCCGCGCCCUCCGCGCGGCUGUGACUGCUGUCACCGCGCGCCGCGCCGGCGACGCCGCACGUGGCCUAGAGCCGCUCCCCAUCCCGUUCCGCAACUACGUCGAUUCCAAGCCCUAUGCCUACUUCCUGUAUACCCCCUUCUCCCUCACCCGGCUGGCUCCCGGCGCCUCCGCCCCCAGCGCCCAGCCGUGGGGUGCCGCCUGGACCCGGCCGCCCCGCCCCACCUGGCCCCGCCCCAACCUCGACGGCUUACCAUCAGCCGUGUACGGGUGCGCGUGCGCGGCGGCGGAAUGCGGUGGUACCCAGUGCGCGUGCGCCGAUGUGGAGGCCGAUGCAGCGGGCUCGGGCUUGGAGGCCGGGAUGGGGAGCCUCACGGAGUGCGGUGAUGUCUGCGCGUGUGCGCCGUCAUGUGGGAACCGGCGGACUCAGCGCGGCGUUGCUGUGCGGCUGUGCGUCGUGCGCCACCUGCACAAGGGGUGGGGGCUGCACGCUGCGGAGGCCCUCAGCUGCGGGCAGUUUGUGUGCGAGUACGCCGGGGAGUUUUUGACAACUGAAGAAGCGCGGAGACGGCACAAGGUGUAUGAUGAACUUGCCUCUGGUGGCAAGCUCUGUCCCGCGCUGAUUGUCAUAAGAGAGCACCUCCCUUCUGGUAAAGCAUGCUUAAGAGUCAACAUUGAUGCAACCAGAGUGGGAAAUGUGGCUCGCUUUAUCAACCAUUCAUGUGAUGGAGGCAACCUGCACCCAGUGCUGGUGAGGAGCUCUGGUUUGUUGCUCCCAAGGCUCUGCUUCUUUGCUGCCAGGGAUAUCGUGGAGGGAGAAGAGCUCACCUUCAGUUACGGUGAUGCUAGGGUUAGGCCCAAGGGUUUGCCAUGCUUUUGUGGAAGCUCGGGUUGUUCUGGUGUGCUUCCUUCAGAAGAAACUUAAGAACUGAUGCCAUCACCUUGGAUGUCUUACAAAUGAGUUUGAUUCUAUUUCUGACUUCGCAAUAACAUGGCUUCAUGAGGAAUUGCCUGGCCCAUUCUUUUAGCCAUACUGUAAUGUGUGCAACAAACAAAAAACAAGCUGUCAGUUUUUGGUGAAGAACUGGUCAUGUUUGUAAUGUGAUCUGUUUUGGCUGGACAUGUGUUUCCUGCUUA